AUGUCAGCUACUGGAACAGAACCAAUCAGCACAAAGACUACACCGGUUCAGAUAGAUGCCUCAACCAAGGGACCUAAUAGUAGUAAGAUCCCUGGAUGCACAACGAGCUGCGGAUUCAGGCUACCAAGGAAAACAGAAGCCACAGCAGCAAGAUUGAUCACGCAUCUUGGCUGUAAAUUUGCAAAAGGUUUGCGUCUGGUGGUGAUGAGAAAGAAAAGAAAAUCUCCACCGUCCAAGGUUUCUUCUUCUUCUUCCUCCUCAGGGAGAUCUCAGCCGUCGGUCAUGCCUAUAAGCAAUGACAGUCAUAGAUCAGAGGCUAUAGAAGAGUGCAUAGAGUUCAUCAACUCAUCGUCCUCCUUCACCAGAUCAAACUCUACUUCUUAA